UAUCCUAAACAAGGAAAUCUCUAUGAAGGUUAUUGACGUUUGAUAUACGUACCUACAACGCAUAUGUGCGCGUUCGUCGAAUAUUUUAUAAACAUUACAUUUUUUUUUUUAAAUUAAAUAGGUGUAAACUUCAGGUAGACAAAAAAACGUUUAAUACUGACGAAUAUAAUAUAGUUGACGUUUAAAUACCCUGUUGGAUCACGGAUGUGACAUGUGAAUAACCAUGAAAGUGCACAUGAUGUUCGCACUCUGCGCUCUGAUGAUACCUUAUUUGCCCCUGCAGUGCCGGUGCAACUGUUGUCUAGACACGGUGAUCAAGUCAAUUUUCCAGACGUUCAACCCCAGCGUGGAAGCUGGUCCCGAGCGGAUAAUCAGCCGACACCGGUACGACGACGGCUUCAUGCCCGAAUAUCCCGCGGCAGUCAUCGGUCACGACGGGAAAUGGGUCAAGCCACACGACGACGACUACGACGAUGACGACGAUAGCGGAAGCGUGCCGUCAGCCGAUUACGUGGACGAUGGUGCGAGUUCUGGAAGCGGUACAAGUAGUGGCAAGGGCGGCGGUGGUAAAAGUGGCGAUAGUGGCGGGCGUCGGCUGGGAUACUCCAUCCAGCAACAUAAAUCCGACGCGGCUGUCGCUGCCGCUUCUGCAGGUUCCGGCCCGGUGACGCGGCCCGACGACUAUCGUCCCUUUUCGGAUUUCAUCGUCAGCGUGCUCCAAACGGUUCAGCUGACACCCCAAGCGAUACUCAAAAAGUCCAAAGGCAAAUCCGACGAAGCCCGGGCCGCGAAGACGACGACUGUGCAGCCGGAAAGCCACGACCGCAUCCCAGGAACGUGGUAACGAAACUCGGCGACGGAUGUGGGUGAGCAUAAUGAACCGGUCAUAUUGCAAUUGGUUUCAUCGGCCUUUCUUAUAUUAUAUUACAUAUUGUAUAUACUCGUGUGGGCUUACGAAAAAUGCACACUCUUCCGCCCUCGACCCUCGCAAACGCUAAUGUUGCGACGAUAUAAUAAUAUACUCGUAAUUUUUGAUUAUAUUUAAAAUUAAUGUAUGUGUACGUGGUUAUAUUAUUAACGUACGUUUUAGUUUAGUGUAUUUGAUGGCAACUUUAUACAUAACAUAUUAGUAUAUUAUACAUUAUUAUAAAUGGCUUAGUAAAACAAAAAGAUUAUGUUAAUUUUUAAUGUAACUUCUAUCGUGUAAACAUAUAUGACUACGAUAAUAGGAAUACCCAAGGUUGUUUCGCUGCUGUAGUCGAUUUACAACGCGAACGAAACUUUAUAAUUUAUCUUUUAAAAUUGUAUUCAAAUUCCAACUUUUGUUCGAUGAAGAUUUGUUCGUAUACAUAAUGUGUACAAAAUGUGUUUACGCUGUUUGCGUUUAUUUAUUUAAUUUUCGGCUCGAAGGUCGAGACGAAAGUAUGCAUAUUUUAAUAUUUGUAAUGAACAAGUUAUUGUACUAAUUCGCGCGGACUACCAGCGCAUUUAAUAUUUACUAUAUUAUAAUAUUGUAUAGGUAUGUUGAAAAAAACGUUCGACAGAAAAAACAAUCAACAUCUCGCCGAUGUUUGUUCGAUACGUCAUGCUUACUUUAUAAUAAACCACGAUGCACAUUUAAUUUAAGUCAGUAUAUUAUUAUUAUAUAUAUAAAUACAUCAUAUUAUUAUAAUUGUACACUGGUAUAUGUAUAGUUGUCACAUUGUUAUUAUACUCGUAGUUUCAGGUUUUUUUAUACUAACUCGGUUUGUGCCAUUGUUUCCCAUUUAAAAUUGUUUACAAUUGUAAUAUUAUACAUCGUAUACAUUUUACUAGCUUAUUCAUAUUACCUAAUACCUUACUGUUUGAAAAUAAAACAUAAUCGAGUAAAGACCCAAA